AUAAUAGCAUGCACAGGAAGUAUCCUCUAAUUGUCUACUUAAGAUGAUUCUCAUCUUAAGCCGAUAAAUUACCAAACAAGAAUAAUAUGGAACUUUUGAAGUGCUACACUUACACUUACUUACAUAUGUACCUCCAUAACCGUAUAUGAAAUGCAUAUGAAGACUUUUGUUAAAAAGCAAUACAUGUUUUAUAUACGAACUGUUUCGGUACAGGUAUGACAUUUCGUACGCGACAAUUGACGGAAAUAGUCGACAAACGGCUGCAUACGCUUUGGCGCAAAGAAUCAACCAGUACACUUGGUCGCUCUCCACGCAGUUAUACGAAUAUUUGAAUACGUGCACGACGAUUAUCUCCUUGUGUCUCAUAUCAACGUCAAAUAAUUAUGAAGGAAUGGCUCAGAAUCUCAUGCUUAUUGUGCAUAUGCGGUUUUGCACGCGAAAUUCGUCCUUCAGAGCCAUACUUAACGGAAUAUUUGAUAAGUAGCAGAGCAAAUAUAACACGGGAUGUGAUCAGCCAAAAAGUCUAUCCUGUGGUGACCUAUUCUUAUCUAUCCACACUUGUGCUAAUAUUUCUAGUCACUGAUUUUCUGAGGUACAAACCCUUGAUUAUUUUGAUGGGUUCUUGUGGCACAAUAGUAGCAUCGAUGCUACUCUGGACCACCACAUUAACUGCCUUGCAAACACUUGAAUUUUUUUACGGUCUUUAUUUGGCCUCCGAAGUGGCUUAUUACACUUAUAUUUACGCCAAAGUGGAUAAACGGUACUACCCCAAGGUCACUGCCCAUACACGAGCGGCCAUGUUCAUGGGUAAACUAGUAGGAGGCUUUUCCUCACAGCUACUCAUUAAUUUGAAGCUAAUGAAUUACAAAUCGUUGCAUUAUAUAACAUUAAGCACUCAAAUCUUUGCUACAUUGUGGGCCUUCAUUUUGCCAAACGUGGAUAAAAGUUUAUAUUUCCAUCGAAAGCAGGAUGUGCAUGUUGUGCAACCGACGGCAGUUGUUAACUCAUUAUCUAUGGAGUUACAAGAUGCAAAUUCAAUUAAAAGUCAGAGCAAAGAAAGUGUUAAACCAAUUUCACCUUUAAACUUGCUGUGGUCACAUUUCUAUAAUGCCUAUAGCAAUUUAAAGGUAGUCCAAUGGAGUAUUUGGUACGCGGUCAGUUUGUGUGGUUAUUUGCAAAUCAUCAUGUAUAUGCAAGUGUUAUGGAUUGAAAUUGAGCCGAAUAUGGAAAUUGCUUGGAAUGGUGCAGUUGAUGCCGUAUUAACAGCAAUGGCGGCUCUAAUGGCUUUGGCAGCUGGGUACAUUCAUGCUGGCAGAUUGAAACCACUUCAAAGUUUAUUAGUUUUGUCCAUUUUUGCGGCAAUGGAGGGAGGAGCUAUUUUACUUUGUUGUCGGACGUCGAAUAUAUACAUCUCUUACGUUGCCUAUACACUUUUUGGCGCCUUUUAUGCCUUUAGCAUAACUGUAGCGAGCGCUGAAGUGGCACGUUAUCUGGAAGAAGAAAGUUUUGGACUAGUAUUCGGUGUGAAUACUUUUAUAGCGCUUGUAUUUCAAACACUUUUAACAAUAACGGUGGUUUCAAACUCUGGUUUAUCUUUGAACGUACGUGGCCAGUUCACCGUGUACGCAUUUUACUUCAUCGGUGCGAGUGUUAUUUCCAUCUUAUUUGUGGCUGUAGAAUAUUUCAUUAAGAAAAUUACAGAAAAGCCCACAAAUAUAUGUCUGGAGUAGUUUUUUUGUAAUUCUUACUUAAAAAACGAUUUGCUAUAUUAGUAGCUCGAGUUUUGUAGGUGUAUAAAUAAAGUGAUGAUCUACACAUUUUAA